UAUAGGGUGUGGCCCUCAAAAAAUGGCUUCCAGGUUGUGCGAAGGGUGUCAUGUGCUUCUGAUUCUGAGGAAUUCAGGCAUACGUUGUGGAUACCUAUGUUCCCACACAAGGACCCCUCCCUCGGCUUUCGGCAAAGAAUGGCCUAAACUAGCGUCCCGGCGUUGAGUUUGCUCGCGCGACGGUUCCAUUGAAGGCCCACCAGAGCCGGUGGGCGCUGUGAGGGGGGCCGGGAAGGGCGCCUCGCCGCGCUGUGCCUGCGGGGCCCCGAAGUCCCCCUGCCCGCAACCGGGCCCGCUUCGCUCGGCUCCCGGCGCUCUGCGGCGCCGGCCCGCGCCAGAAGCCGAGGCAGCUGGUAACAAAGAGCCCGCCAGCCGCCGGCUCCCGGGUCGCGCGAACCCAGGUGUCCUGCGGCGCCGCCGGGAUGAGCGCCAGCUGGGCCACGAGCCCCGGUGCGCGGUGCUGAGGGCCGCGCUUAAGUGCCGGCGCGGGCGGGGGGGCGGCACCUCCUGCCCGCGGCCUCGCUCGGGCCGCCCGCCUGCGGCUGCGCCGGAAGCGCUCGGGCCUCCCCCUGCGGCUCGGCCUGCGCCGCCCGGACCACGCGCGGCUCUGGCUGCCGAAGCCCGGGCUUCUCAGCGGGACUCAGCAAGGACCCGGGUCUUCUCCCAAGUGUCCUGAAGCUUCGUGUCAAAAGCCGGGGAAGCCUGAUGCUUUUUUUUUUUUUUUUUUUUUUUAAUAAAAAGUCUUUGUAGUCUUCAUUUUUAGAAUUGCUUCCAGAGUUUUAAGUAGUCUACCUCUUAUCCUUUCUCCUGCUCCUGACGUCUUUUUCCUCCUCAACUAUAAACAUUUUUUACCUCAGAGCUGACGAGCGUUUUGUAAUUGAAAGUAUAACUUAAAACCACGUCGAGAGAGUAGUCAAGAUGGACAAAAAGUCCUUUGAAAUGGUGCUGGAUGAAAUUAGAAAGGCUGUUUUGACAGAAUACAAAUUAAAAGCAAUUGAAUAUGUUCAUGGAUAUUUCUCUAGUGAACAGGUGGUUGAAUUACUGAGAUACUUCUCCUGGGCAGAACCUCAGUUGAAAGCAAUGAAAGCAUUACAACAUAAAAUGGUGGCUGUUCAUCCAGCAGAAGUGGUCAAAAUACUCAACUGUUUCACCUUCAGUAAAGACAAACUAGUUGCUCUUGAACUAUUAGCUUCAAACAUUGUUGAUGCACAAAAUUCUCGUCCCAUUGAAGAUUUAUUCAGGAUAAAUAUGUCUGAGAAGAAACGAUGUAAGAGAGUACUUGAACAGGCUUUCAAAGGAGGCUGCAAAGCUCCUCAUGCUAUGAUAUCUUCCUGUGGAACAAUCCCAGGAAAUCCAUAUCCCAAAGGAAAACCUAGUCGCAUAUAUGGAAUUUUCCCAGGAACCCCUUUGAAAAAAGAUGGUGAAGAAUGUACCAAUGAAGGCAAAGGAAUAGCUGCACGGAUUCUUGGACCAUCUAAACCACCUCCUUCAACAUACAAUCCACAUAAACCCGUUCCUUAUCCAAUACCUCCAUGCCGGCCACAUGCAACUAUUGCACCAAGUGCUUAUAACAAUGCAGGUCUAGUACCAUUAGCCAAUGUCAUAGCUCCUGGCGUACCCCCUCCACCUCCAUAUACUCCUAAUCCAGCAGGAACAGAAAAUGAAGACCUUUCCAGUCAGUCAAAACCUACACAGAAUCAAACAUUUUCUGCCCCAGCAAAUCAACUCUUUUCUCCUCACGGUUCUAAUCCUGCAACACCUGCAGCAACUCCUGUUCCUACUGCAUCCCCUGUUAAGGCAGCAAAUCAUUCAUCGGUAUCAGCAGCUGCCACAGUUUCUGGGUUGAACAUGCUUCCUGUGUUCCCAGGGCAGGUCUCCUCAGCUGUUCAUACAUCUCAGCCAUCAAUGCCAAAUCCAACAGUUAUCAGAACCCCUUCAUUGCCAACUGCACCUGUCACUUCUGUCCAUAGCACAAUGUCUAUUCCUGUUCCUUCAGUUUUUCCUGGCCUAGUUCCACUGCCAGGUUCUUCUGCCACUCCUACCCCACUCCCUCAGGCCACAUCUAUACCUCGGGCCACUCCUGCUUCCAAUGAGACAUUUGCUUCUACUUCUGCUUCUUUUGUUAGCCUUCCGUUUUCUGCCACCUCUACUAUUGGUUCUACCAACAGCCCAAAUCCUGCUUCGUUGUCAUCAGUUUUUGAAGGUCUCCCUUUGCCCUUAACACCAACAUCCCAAGGCAUGUCCAACCCAAAUCCUUCUGUAAUUGCUGGUGGUUCUGCUCCCAAUGUUGCUCGUCCACUUGGUCUAAAUAAUCCUCUUCUAUCUGCUUUAAAAGGCUUUCUGACAUCAAAGGAUACCAGUUUAAUAAACUCUUCUGCUUUAUCCACUGCUAUUACAAGUGGGCUGUCUUCACUCUCCUCUCUUACUAAUCACAACUCAGAUUCUCCUGUCUUAGCCUCUAAUAAGUGUUAUGCCCCAUCAGCCAUUCCCACCCCACAGGAGUCUUCUACUCCAGGAUUGGCCAUGUUCCCAGGCCUUUCCUCUCCUGUGGCCAUCACAACUUCCUCUCCCCCUACUUUGCCUGUCCAAUCUCCUCUAGCUACUCCAAAAUCAGCUUUAACUUCAGGGUCAGUUAGCUCUGGUUCCUCAGCUACCCUUUUGCAUGGCCCCCAUCCAGGUAACUCAGACUUGCAUAUUACAGCCAGCACUGCUGUAGCAACUAUUUCUGCUACAAUAAAAGCUGAACCCAUAAGUCCUACUCCCUCAGCCUUUAAAGGUCCAUCUCAUUCUGUAAAUCCCUCUCAUAGCACUUUAGGUUUGUCAGGGACACUAGGUCAUGCAUAUACUUCAACAUCAGUGCCCAUCAGUUUAUCUACUUGCCUUAAUCCUGCAUUAUCAGGUCUUUCCAGUUUGAGUACUCCCUUGAAUGUUUCAAAUCCCCUUUCCUCUAUUUCCCUUCCACCACAUGGUUCCUCCACUCCAAUCACUCCAGUAUUCACUGCUCUUCCUCCCUUUACUUCUUUGACCAGUAAUUUUCCUUUGACAGGUAAUCCAUCUCUUAAUCCAUCAGUAUCUCUUCCAGGGACAUUAAUAGUCACCUCAUCUGCAACUGUCACAUCCAUAUCUAUCCCUCAUCCUAGUUCUACAUCAGCUAUUCUCUCAGGGCUUUCUGUCUCAGCACCAGUCUCAGCAACACCUUUCCCCCUUAACUUGUCAACUGCUGUCCCUUCACUUUUUUCAGUUACUCAAGGACCUUUGCCAUCUUCAAAUCCAUCCUACCCUGGCUUUUCUGUCUCUAACACCCCCAGUGUUACCCCUGCUCUCCCUUCAUUCCCGGGGCUGCAGGCACCCCCAACGGUUUCAGCAGUCACACCACUGCCUGUCACUGCUACAGCCCCGUCACCAGCUCCUGUCCUCCCAGGAUUCGCUUCAGCUUUUAGUUCCAAUUUCAACUCUGCUCUUGUUGCACAAGCGAGCUUAUCAUCUGGACUUCAAACUGCAGGCAGUUCUGUUUUUCCAGGCCUUUUGUCCCUCCCAGGUAUCCCUGGAUUUUCCCAGAACCCUUCACAGUCAUCCUUGCAAGAAUUGCAGCAUAAUGCAGCUGCACAGUCAGCAUUGUUACAGCAGGUCCAUUCAGCUUCAGCUCUGGAAAGCUAUCCAGCUCAGCCGGAAGGGUUUCCUAGUUUUUCUUCAACGUCAGGAACACCAUUCUCUUUGCAACCAGGCCUGUCCCAAAGUGGUUGGCAGUGAAUAAAAUUGCAUUUACCUUUGAAUACCAUCAGAAUUGCCUAAGGACUUCAAUGAACAAGCUGACAAAUGUGAACUUGUCCAAAAAUCAGAUAAUAAGAAUGAGGAUAAUCCUGGGGAAAUUGGGAUGUUUUAAAACUCUUGCAUUUUUAAAUGUGUUAAGUAUGAACACUCCCCUUGUGUAAAUAUGCUGAUAAUGAAUUGUGUGUAGAAUAAUAUUUAAAAAGUGGGGACUUCUCACCUCCCAUCCUAUGAAGUUUUGUGUUGUGUAUGUGAUUUAUGUAAUAAGAAUACUAAAGAGGAGGUUGAACUCUUUAUAGCCGAAUACAGCCUUAAAUCUGCUUGUAUAGCGUCCACUGACAAAAGUAAUAAUUUGUGCCUCAGACUUAUGGGUUGCAUGUGGCCCUCGGGGAGUUGCUACCCUUGGUAUGCAUGAGUGAUUCCUAUUAGCGUCAUUGGAGCGCAGAACCCCUUAUGUAUUCACAAAAGGGGACUUGAGAUCCACAGUUAUUUAUAAUUUCUGUUAUUAAUGAUCAUACCUAUACUGCUGAAUUUAACUAUAUUUAAGUAAGUGAAAAUGGUGCUUAAUAUAGACUUUAGAAUGACUUUCAGGUAUUUUUGACUACUUAAUAGAAAUACAAGUGAGGCUUGUGAUAAUUUGCCUUCAGAACUUAAUCUCAGCAAUAUCCAAAUGAGUGAAAAACAUUUGAGUGACUCUUGGGCAACCUCUAUUACUCAUUAUACUCUGGAGCUCUUGGUGAAUGUUUACAAUCAUGGGAUGUAGUAUUUCUAUUUGUAUUUAAAGUCAAAUGCUUAUCUAAAAUAAUUAUGUGACAAUAGAGGAGAUUUGCUCUGUUAGUAAAUAUGCAGUGUGUACUCUAAGGAUCUGUGGUAGUAUAACAUGAUUGUAUGUUAUUAAUUUAAGUAUAAUAACUGCCACAUUUGGAGAGACAGAGUAAGGAGAAUUAUUUCCAACCUGUAAUUAAGAGUGUAAACUAUAGAAUCUACUGUAGUACAUUUCAGCAUCUAGAAGUUUUACUUUUAUAAAGAUGGUGUUUGAAAGAUGUUGCUAAUGUAUUUUCCUUCAACAUGGGGAGCAAACUUUUUAAGUAUAUUAAUAAAUAUUCCUGUAUGGUUAGUUUUUAACAAUUUUUUAAAAAUAAACUUUAUGGAUAUAACAUAUUUUAUAAGUGACUUAUUAAAUGCUUAGAUGGGCUUUUUAAGUUUUUGUAUUUGCUAAAGCUAAUACAUAGAACAUUUUUGUUCAAAUUUAGUUGAAAUUCAAUAUAUACUACUGAUUACUCAUUUAAAUACUAGAGGCCAUAUGCACAAAAUCGUGCACUGGGUGGGGGAAGGGGGUCCCCUCAGCCCAGUCUGCACCCUCUCACAGUCUGGUAGCCUGUGGAGGAUGUCCAGCUGACAGCUUAGUGGGCCUAAGCCAGCAGUCAGACAUCCUUAGUGCUGCCACAGAGGUGGCUGCGCUAGCCAGCUGUGAGGCUGGCUUUUGGCUGAGCUGCACUUUUCCUGUGGGAACGCAUUGACCAUCAGGGGGCUGCUCCUGUGUUUAGCGCCUGCCCACUGGUGGUCAGUGUGCAUCAUAGCGACUGGUUGGUCUUCUGUUUAGUUGAUUUGCAUAUUAAGCUUUUAUUAUAUAGGAUAUCUGAUGUAAAAGUUUUAUUAUAACCAACACUUGAAACAGACUAUUUAUACUUUUAAUUAUUUUCAAACACAGAAUGUAACCUCAAAGUUUAUCUGAUGCCAAUUGCUAGAAGUUGUCAUUUGUUUUUGUUUUUAUCAGUCUAUACUCAAAAUAUUUUUAGGAUUAUAUGGUUUUGCUUAUAUAUGCUAAAUAUUCACAAAGAAGUUAUUGAACAACUAAUCUUUCUGUAAGGAUGCUAUUGUGAUGUUUACUUCUGCUAUCAUAGUAAAGGAACUGUUCAUCUUUUAGAUAUAUUUCUGACAUCUUGCACAUAUUAGGGUCUUAAAGGUUUACAUAAAAAUGAAGAAAACAUUUUUAGAGCUUUUGCAGUAAUUACUGGGGACUGGUUUUAUGUAUCUCAAUCCUAUGAGAUAAAUAGUAGCAACCUAUUUAACCAGAUAAAGAAGCCAAGGUGUAAGUCACACAAUGAGUAAGUGGUAAUUGAAACCAAACAUUUACUACCAAUACCAGGCUACUUGUAUUGUCAAAUGCUAUGAAAAUAUGUAGAAGGGGAGUACCUUCCUGCCUGAGGGAAUUCACAAAGAUUUCUCAGUGACAUUAAAGUCUUAAAGGAUAAGGAAGAAUUAACAUCCUUUAAAAGGCAUAAAGUAUGACAGACUAGUAUAGUAAUAUGAUCAUAUAACUGGAUGGAGUUUGAAUAGUUUGUGGCUUGAAUGUGUGGAAGAAAAAAAGGCCACAUAUUAAACUUAAGCUCAGGAACCAAAAGAAACCACAUGGUGGUAUGAACGUGAAAAUUUCUAACUAGGAGCUGGAAGUUGGUCAUGGUUAGUCAUGUCCUAAGCCUGUAGCCUUCUUGAUAAAGGUCAAUCUUAGGUUAUAAAUUGUCUAUUGUCUUUGUGAAUCUGAAAUAACACCUUAAAAAUAUCAGUAACACCCUCCAACCCCCCCACCCCCCAGGCUCCUUGAAGGCACAAUUGGCACUAGAGCAUAAGACCACAUUGUUAUCUUGUUGCUCACAUACCAUCUCUAUGUACUAUAACUGUUAAAUAUCCAAUGU